AAAUUGAUAAUCAAUAGCCAUUUCCCCAGACUGCUACUGGUGUCCUAAACACUCUGUUGUUCUGUAUAUUUUCAGCUGGUUCAUCCUGUCCUAUUAUUGGUUUCACACCGGCUGCCUUUUAUUCCAUCUUGGUUGGUGCCAUUGUCGUAAUGGUCACAAUUAUUUUGCUUACUUGUUACAUGCUGAAAAAUGAAGGACUAUACAGGGGAAAUGGGAAACAAGAAGAAAGAGAGAGAGAGUUUGAAAAGGAUGAAAAGGAUGAAAAAAUUAAAGAUUUGGAGAAGAAAUUGUCAGAAUGCGAGGAAAGGUUACAGAGGAAAGCCAGCCUGGUUGAUGCACUAAACGUUGAGAAACAGACACUUGAGAACCAGAAAGAUCAACUGAAGGAAAAGUUGCAGCAGAAAGCCAACAUGGCUGAUGGACUAAAGGAACAGAAACAGACACUUGAGAACCAGAAAGAUCAACUGAAGUUGCAACUGAAGGAGGUGGAGAAAAAGAAGGAAGAGAACAAGGAGAAACUUCUGUCAGUGGAGAACAAAAUAACUGAGGCUGAGAAUAAAAAGACGGAUAAAGGGGGAUUGUUAAAAGAAAAAGAAAAUCUAACGGAUGUCAAAUGGAAACUAGAUGAGCAAAAGACAAACUGGGAGAAACUAAUUCUGAAUGUGGAGCAGAUGCUGCAGAGAAUAGAUGUUUUAGUCAGUAGUGACCAAGUACAAGAAACUACAGCUCACGAAUGAGCUUUUAGUUUAAUUCAAAAGUCAAACUGUCUUUUUAUUUUUUUACUUUUUAUAACACAUAAUAACAAAAUUUGGAAAUAAUAAAAAAAAUGAUAUGAUUACAAAAUCACUAAUUAAAUGUAUUAUCUUUUCUAGUUUGGAUCAGUUUCAUUUUUUUCUUGACUGCUGGUUGUAGUAACUUAAACGGUUUCCUUGUGCUCAGUACAUGUUAAGAUGUUUUAUAACCCUGUCUUCAUAUAUAACUGAUUUUACAGGAGGAAAUGUGUUGAAUAGGAAAUGUAAUGCAGAGUUAAUUGUCUUUUAAUACUGUAUAUUAACUAAAUGUAAUAAAUGUAUCUAUAAACUGCUGUCAAUUAAAUGUUAAUACUGUACG